GGUCUGAGAGUGUGGUUGAAUUGAACACCCUGACAGCUUGCGUUGAAGUCUGUAAAGAGCAUAUGUUUCUCACGAUCGACUGAGAGGAAAGUAUUAUAUGUCUUCUAUAUGCGGGUAAAGAAUACGUAAUGCGUAAUUUUCUGCUUUAUUUUACCAAUAACACGUUUGUUUGUAGCAGCCGUUCUGGUCUCUUAUCUAUCUUUGUUGUUGACUCACCUUGGGAUUUAACAAAUGCGAUAAGAGAGUGAGACGAGACACCAGGAAGCAAGAUACAAAUCAGGAGAUGUUCAUCAAACACCUACACAGUCUCACAGACAAUGCAAAAUUUAUAAAGCAGAAUCCAGAAACCAAGGAUGUGGAUGAUUACCUGUCUUUUGUUCAGUUUGGGUCUGGCAACAUUAGAGAAUGACAGAGACUUUAAGAUGUGUGGUAUAUGGCGCCAUGGCAACGCAUCCCGAAAUCUGAAGUAUGAUUUGAGAACAGGCUGUGAGAAAAUUGAGAUUUCAGCAAAUGAGAGUACACUCUCUAUUCGGGGCAGGAUCACAGCGAAGUGCACGGGAUCUUCAUCCAUUGACCUAGAUUCAAACGCUCCUCAAAAUCAAAGUCAUUUCUGUGUGUUCUGGGAGCCGCUGCUGGACCUGCUGAUAGUGGAAGUGAAUGGAAAGAAUCACACUCUGUGUGAACCAAAAGGCCUUCAAGGAUCCUGCUGCACUGACCUCUCACAGGGGGACCAGAAAGAUGCUAGUGUGUUUGGUAUUGUGAAAGGCAGCAUCCAUGGUGAUAUCAUCAGGGACGAUGCAAUGGAAAUAUAUACAUUUAAAGGGGGUUCAAUCAACUGCAAAGAGAAGUUCUGUGAUGAGGCAAGUCAGAAGUCCACAGGAGCAAACAUGAUAGAGGAAGUAGUGAUGAAAUCCGGAACAACGGGUCAUGUGGAUCUACCUUGUGCUCAGAGCACAGUUAUUGAGAUGGAAGAGGGCUUCACAGGACUCAAUUCAACUCUGCCAGCCCAAUGGAUUGUAGCAAAUACGAUACCUUCCGUUUAUCUUCCCUCAAGCCUAAAAUCCAUAUCUAGGAUAAAAUCCAAAGUAGUGUGUACUUAUUACAAGGACCUAAGGUUAUUUCAGGGGCCGUCUGAUUCAUCUCUUCUGGAUUAUGUAGUUGGACUCUCUAUGGAGAAUGAGACUAUCCAAAACCUCCCAGAACCAGUCAGAAUCCGGUUCAGAAAUCACUCUGCUCUCCCAUCUAACUACUCUAAACAAUGUGUUUCAUGGGAUACAAGAAAAGACAGUGAAGUAACCUGGAGAUCAGAGGGUUGCGAGACAGUUAUCAUAAGCGUAACAGAGACAGAGUGCCGUUGCAAUCACUUUGCUUACAUCACUGUUCAUAUGCAACAAGUGAAACAGAAGACUACACGACAUCUAGAGGCUCUGAUGUUCAUUACAACUGUGGGCUGCACCCUGUCUUUAGUUAGCUGUUUGGUUCUCCUCUAUUGGCUGUGUAAACGCAGAGGAAAGAAGGAUCAGUCCUUACUGGUGCAUCGUGGGCUAGUGGUGGCAACAUUUUUUUUGUGCCUGUGCUUCAGCCUUACCAGUACACUAGCAAACACUGGAAAUGAAACAGUUUGUAAGAUAACAGGAUUUUUUUUUCAUUACUCGCUACUCAGCACACUCUGCUGGAUGACUGUGGAAAUGUUUCACACGUUCUUGUUAGUGUCCUGUGAAUUCACCUCAUGUCUCCCUCCAUGGGUCUUUUACUUGGCAGGCUUUGGUAUUCCAGCUGUACUAGUUUGUAGAUUGCUCUCUAUAGAUAUUUAUGGAUUUAGGAAUAUUGUGACAAGUGAAGAUGCCACCAGUCUAUAUUUAAUAUGUUGGAUGUUGGAUUCUGACAGGAGCAGAUUGGCCCAUUUCUUCAUUAAUAUUGGUUUAUUGGCAGUUGUGUUGAGCUCUGGUGCAGUCAUGCUUUUCUUUAUGGCUACAAAGAUACAGAACCGACCUGAGUGGAGGAAGAGGCGCAUGGCUUUUCUCAGUAUCUGGGGUCUCACUUGUCUGUUUGGCACAACGUGGGGCCUCUUCAACUUUGUCCUACUCACAGAGGCCACCCUCUUCCUUUUCUGCAUUAAUGCCUGUCAAGGAUGUUUUCUCAUGCUGCGAUACUAUAUUCUUGAAUGGAUGAAAAAGAGAUGUGAAUUGAGUUUGGAUGGGGGCAGUACAGGAUCUGUUAUGUUACAGUGCAGAGAUGGUGUUUUAUAAGUGAGUAGGCCUACUGCGUCGAAUGAUCUCAUGGUCAUAAUAUUCAAUGUUUCUCAGGUGACAUUGUGCUCCAGAACACAGUCCCAAGGGUCUAUUAUGCUGUGUUUUUUAUUUGUGUGAAAGUAAUAGCUUCAUUUUUUUCAAGAAACUCUUGUUUCAGCAAUAUUUUUGUGUAAUUUUGCUGUAUGUAAUCUUUGAGUUUGUAUAUUUGAGGUUACAGUAUAUAUAUAAAAAAGUUUUACCAAUAUUUGCAGUAUACAUGUUCAUUGAGCUUGAAAAAAAUAUUUUUAAUAGAAAUUUUUUUAUAUAUAUAUAUUUUAAGAGCUUUGUGUUUGUGUAUGAUUAACAAAACCUGAAUAUUCCAUUGGGUGUUUAAUUUGAUAUAUGUCUUUUAGUAAGCUUUCUCUUUGUGGCACAUAUCGACUGCUUGGAAUUGUAUUGAUUUUUGUGUGAAAACAUUAAACU